GUAUACUCCAAGGAGAUUAGCAAACGAAUGCUGGAGACUGUGAAGGCCAAAUCUACAGCUACCCCUUCCACGGAAGCUGAAAAACCAUCGGAGUCGCUGGCGGAUGCUUCAGAGCAAGCCUCAUCUGCUGCUCCCACUGAGGAAGUCUCGUCCGUUGAAACCGAGUCUUGAAAAUUGCAAUGAGGUCGUUUAGCUUUAAGAAAGUUUCUAGCUUUUUUAGUGAAUUUCCGUGUACUGGGAUCUCAGUUAGCUCGUUAUGGACUACGUAGAUGGAUGAAUAUAUAUAAUAUUAGAUCUCUUGAAACUUCAAUCCAAGAACCUUCUGAUUUAUAGCCUCUCUUCAGUAGGGUUCUUGAUAUGAAGUUUGCAUUUCGUCUCUGCUUUGUUAUGUCUGACACUAAUCUCAGUUGAUGAGGCUGGGGUUUUUUUUGUACUUUACUUCUGGUAGUUACUAAAUAUAAGGGAUUGGUUUUUAUA